UGACAAGAACAAACACGAGACAUAAUGUUAGUCUUUUUAGUUUAGUAAAGCUUCUCUCUUUCUCCAUCCAUCUCCUCCUUCUCCUCCUUUUCUACGCCCUCGUUCACUGUAAAAACUCGUCAGCAAAUGUAGAAAUCAGAGCCCUUAGUUGCCCCAAAAAUUCAAAGGUUCUUUUCCCCCUUUUCUUUUUCUUGGAAGAAGGGCCUUGGUUAUUUUUCUUUUCUUCUGAGACAUGUGCAAAGAAAAAGAGAAGCCGGAGCCUCUGGAUUUCUUUAUUUGGACUGUUGAGGAUGUUGGCCUGUGGUUGGAAGAAAUAAAUCUUGGUAACUAUCGUGAAAUAUUCAAAGAAAAUGGGGUCAACGGAGAGUAUUUGGAAGGGAUGUCAAUGUUUACAACUGAACAGAUCCUCCGGUUCAUACGGAAGUGCCACAUGAAAUGGGGGGAUUUUAUAACAUUGUGCAAGGAGCUGAGGCGAAUAAAAGUGGCCUGCUUGAAAGGGGAGCAAAAGGUACGGCGGCCGUGGUGGGCACUGGCCUGUCUGUCGGUGGUGUUCGGGAAGGCUGCCAAACGCAACAGGCAGUCUCGGGUGGUGUCGUUGAAGCUGGAACCUUGAUGUAGAUUGUCUCGUGUGUUUAUUGUACCAUUAUUGUCUACAAAUUUUGGGCAUUGUUGGGAGCUGGUUCUUGUAUGGAGAAGCCUCUUGCUUUGUCAAAGUUUUCUUCUUUUUGUUUGGGAUUUGUCGAAGAAACGACAUAUAUAUAUAUAUAUAUAUAUAUAUAUAUAUAGACCAACAUGGUUUGCUUCUUCCUUUGUGUCUAAGCCCCAAUUGUGGGAUGUUGAGGACGAAAGCAAAGAACGGUUAUUGUCAUAACUUUGAACUUAAUAGGUAUGUGUAAAAUUGCACUAUUCAUAUUUCACUAAAUUUCACAUUUCUUUAAA